GGGAGCGGCGGGGAGCGGCGGGGCCAUGCAGCCCCCGGCGGCCUCCCCCGGCCCCGCAGCCCCGGAGGGGGCCGAGCUGCUGCGGUGGCAGUGGCGGGAGGUGCAGGGGCCCUGCUUGGUGGCCGCCUGGAUCCUGGUGGCCAGCCUGGCCAAGAUCGUGUUCCACCUGUCGAGGAAGGUGACGUCCAUCGUCCCGGAGAGCUGCCUCCUCAUCCUGCUGGGGCUGGGCCUGGGGGGCAUCGUCUUGGCCGUGGCCAAGAAAGCCGAGUACCAGCUGGAGCCCAACAUGUUCUUCCUCUUCCUCCUGCCCCCCAUCGUCCUCGACUCGGGCUACUUCAUGCCCAGCAGGUUGUUCUUCGACAACAUCGGCGCCAUCCUCACCUACGCCGUGGUGGGCACGCUCUGGAACUCCUUCACCACCGGCGUCGCGCUCUGGGGGCUGCACCGGGCCGGGCUCAUGGAUCCAGGCGUUGAAGCUGGGCUGAUGGAUUUCCUGCUCUUCGGCAGCCUCAUCUCAGCUGUGGACCCUGUGGCAGUGCUGGCCGUCUUCGAAGAGGUCCACGUGAAUGAGACCCUCUUCAUCAUCGUGUUUGGCGAGUCCCUCCUGAAUGAUGCAGUCACCGUGGUGCUCUACAAGGUCUUCAACUCUUUUGUGGAGCUGGGCCCAGCACACAUCCAUGCCACGGACUACUUGAAGGGGGUAGCCUCCUUCUUCCUGGUGAGCCUGGGGGGCACGGCCGUGGGGCUGCUCUUUGCCUUCCUCCUGGCCCUGAUCACGAGGUUCACCAAGCGCGUGCGCAUCAUCGAGCCGCUCUUCGUCUUCCUCCUGGCCUACGUGGCCUACCUGGCUGCCGAGAUGGUCUCGCUCUCCUCCAUCCUGGCUGUCACCUUCUGUGGGAUCUGCUGCAAGAAGUACGUGGAAGCCAACAUCUCUCAGAAAUCCCGCACCACGGUCAAGUACACCAUGAAGACACUGGCCAGCAGCUCAGAGACCAUCAUCUUCAUGUUUCUGGGCAUCUCGGCUGUGGACACCUCCAAGUGGACAUGGGACACAGCCCUGGUGCUGGGCACCCUCAUCUUCAUCCUGCUCUUCAGAGCUGUGGGUGUUGUCCUCCAGACCUACGUGCUCAACCGCUUCCGCCUCAUCCCCCUGGACAGGAUUGACCAGGUGGUCAUGUCAUAUGGUGGCCUCCGUGGAGCUGUGGCCUUCGCCCUGGUCAUCCUACUGGACAGGACAAAGGUGAAAGCCAAGGACUACUUUGUGGCAACAACCAUCGUGGUGGUGUUCUUCACUGUCAUCGUGCAGGGCCUGACCAUCAAACCCCUGGUGACCUGGCUGAAGGUGAAGCGCAGCGACCACCACAAGCCCACCCUGAACGAGGAGCUCCAUGAGCACGCCUUUGACCACAUCCUGGCAGCAGUGGAGGACAUCGUGGGGCACCACGGCUACCAUUACUGGCGGGACAAGUGGGAGCAGUUUGACAAGAAGUACCUGAGCCAGCUCCUGAUGAGGAAGUCUGCCUACAGGCUGCGGGAUGAGAUCUGGGAUGUCUACUACAAGCUGAACAUCCGUGAUGCUAUCAGCUUUGCUGACCAGGGUGGCCACGUGCUCUCAGCUGCCAAGCUGGCCCUGCCCUCCAUGCCCAGCCGCACAUCCGUGUCGGAGUCGUCGGUCACAAACCUCCUGAGGGAGAGCGGGAGCGGGGCCUGCCUGGACCUGCAGGUGAUCGACACGGUGCGGAGCCGGCGGGACAAGGAGGACGCGGCCAUGCACCACGUCCUGCGCGGGAGCCUCUACAAGCCCCGCCGGAGGUACAAGGCCAGCUACAGCCGUCACUUCAUCUCUCCAGAUAAACAAGAGCGCCAAGAUAAAGAAAUCUUCCGGCAGAACAUGAAGAGGAGGCUGGAGACCUUCAAGUCCACCAAGCACAACGUGUGCUCCUCCAAGAGCAAGGCCAGGCUGAAGGAGAAGGGCAGGAAAAAGAAGAACACCUCUCUGAGCAGUGAUACACCCAAUGGGAAGACACACAGAAACGUGCCCUGGCAGGAGGCUGCUCCUGUCCUGGUGAUGGUCAGCUCAGAGGAGGAGGAGAGUGAGAGCUCAGACACGGAGAGAGAGGAUGACGAAGGGAUCGUGUUCAUCGCUCGAGCCACCGAUGAGGUCCUGCAGGGCAAGACAACUCAAGGCAGCCUGGACGUCUGCCCCAGCCCCUGCAUCAUCCCACCAUCCCCCACCUUGGCCGAGAAGGAGCUGCCAUGGAAAGGAGACCAGGCUGAUCUGGCUGUUUACGUCUCCUCAGAGACCACCAAAAUCGUGCCAGUGGAUAUGCAGAAGGCCUGGAACCAAAGCAUCUCCUCCCUGGAGAGCAUCGCUUCCCCCCCAGGCCUGGAGAGUGGACCUCAGCACAGGAGAUUCACCUGCUCUGUGCUGGAGGAGCAGCCCCAGUCUGCCAGCCAGGCCGUGCCAGAGCAGAGCUCCUGCUUCCAGUUCCCCAGCCACCUCUCCAGGAGCGGCCGGUCGCAGAGUGACAGCAGCCCAGAUGGGGUGGAGCAGCAGGAGCUGCAGCCUUUGAUGGCCACGGAGGAGCAGGGCAGGAUGGUGCCCACCACAGAGCCCAAGUGGCUGAUGUUCAACAGGGCGGGCCAGCUCUGAGGCCAGCUGAGGGUGGGGGCUGCCCACGGGCUGUGAGCCCCUGACUGCUCUGCUCUCUUGCAUUGUAAAGCUUGGGUGUGUCUCCAAAAACUCCAGGAGAGGAGGGCAGGAAAGCCUGGGACUCCUUCCAGAGCUGCACUCCAAAGUGGGCUUUGCCCAUGCACCUACUGAUGCAAAGCUGGUCAAGAAUUAGGCUUCAAGCUGCAAGAACAGGUACAAGCCUCGUCCACUUGGGAGUUACAGACCCCAAACCUUUCUUCCUUUCUGGUCCCUACAUAUCUUCAUGGCUUUGAAAGGCCAGAGAUGUGUUUAAGGACAUGGGGCUGUUGGAGAGAGGCCAGAGGAGGAGCCACGGAGAUGAUCCAAGAGCUGGAGCAGCUCUGCUCUGGCACAGGCUGGGAGAGUUGGGGUGUUCAGCCUGGAGAAGAGAAGGCUCCAGGGAGACCUUAGAGCACCUUCCAGUGCCUGAAGGGGCUCCAGGAAAGCUGGGGAGGGACUUGGGACAAGGGCAGGGAGGGAGAGGACAAGGGGGAAGGGAUGAAAACUGGAAGAGGGAGAUUGAGGUUGGACAUGAGGAGGAAAUUCUUUGGUGUGAGGGUGGUGAGAGCCUGGCCCAGGUUGCCCAGGGAAGCUGUGGCUGCCCCAUCCCUGGCAGUGUUGAAGGGCAGGUUGGAUGGGGCUUGGAGCAACCUGGUCUGGUGGGAGGUGUCCCUGCCCAUGCAGGGUGUUGGAUCUAGAUGAUCUUUAAGGUUCCUCCCAGUCCAAACCAGUCUGGGAUUCUGUGUUCCUCCCAGGGCUGUGAUCCUAGCUGGACUUGAUCCUGUCUCUGCCACCCUGAGGUGUGUGGGUGCUGGCUAACAGGAUGUGGCUGCUCUCAUGUGUGGGAGCAUGAGCUGAUCUCCAGCCUGGCUGUGAGUUGGAGACCUCUGGACAGAGGGCUGGGAGUGGCAGCUGAUGCACCAGAGCCCGUCCAUACCCAGUAACUGAGCCAUUGACUUCAAGGCAGCUGCAGUGCUGGUUCCUCAUGGCACGCGUGGAGCUGAGCCAGGAGGCCAGAGGUGGGCUCCUUGCCACAGCAGCUCUGCCUUCCCUGCAUUGUGGAGGUACCUCAGAAGCAAGGCCAUGACCUUCUCAGGACUGGGAGCAGUGCUCCUGGGGUUUGGCUCCACCAGGAGCUGGACUAGUCAACGCACAGGGACUCCUCCAGCAGCCAACCUGCUGUGCCAGCCUCACGCCUCUUGUCUGGAUGUGCUCCCAGGAGCUGCAGCACUCAGCAGCCUUCCUGGCUUUGCUGGGAGGCAGCUGCCCAGCACAGCAUCCUUGGCAUUCAUCCUGCCCGUGUCCCAGGCCCUCCAGUUGCCUGGAGCCCAUCAGCUGGGAGGGCUGGUCACGGUGCGAGGAGUGGAGCGAGCAGCAGGUAUGAAUGUACAUCAGGAAGAGGGGGGAUGGGUGAGAACUGAGCGUAUCAUCAAAGGUCUGUCCCCACCACCUGCCUCUCAGCCUGCCCUGGUCCGUCUUGACAGGGUGGUGGGACCUGGUGGCAGUGGCCCACAAGGUGAACUAGUGCUGGUGGGACCUCAAGGGCCAAAGAUUGCUCCCCAGGAACUGCUCAGCACUCAAAAGCUCCACCCAGCAGCUGGGCUCUGGCAAUGCAGGAGGGCUGAGGAUGUUCCUCUUGAGGAGGAAUGGGAACUUGGGCUGUUAAUGCCCCAAAGCAGGUAAAUAACUGCCUGUUCCAGCUACCUGGGCGUGCUGAGACAGCAGGUGUGAAGGGGACACAAAGAUGCACUAGGCAAGUGAGCACAACGGGCAGGCGAGCUGGUGGUACCCCCUGGUGUCACCAGCAAGGCCCCUCUGCUCUGCAGCCAUCCCGCCAGAUGAGCAUGAGGUUUUUAAAAGGUUUUUUAUAUAGUUUUGCAUUUCUGGUAUGCCUUAUUCUGGUUUUGCUGUCUGAUAUUUGGGCCAUACUAAAUCUCUAGCCGGGUCGGUGUUUUCCGUAGCCACGGGCACCACAAGCGACUCCAGACUUACCAUCUGAUUUGCAGUUGUUUGGAUGUGAAAAUAUAUGCAGAGUAUUUUGUAAUGUUCAAUAAAUGGGAGUUGGAGCAGG